AUGGGAAGCAAUCAGACAUGGAUCACAGAAGUCAUUCUACUGGGAUUCCAGAUUGAUCCAGAACUUGAAAAAUUCCUUUUUGGAUUAUUCUUGCUAUUCUACAGCCUCACCUUGAUUGGAAAUGGGCUUAUCCUGGGACUCAUCAUUCUGGACUCCAGACUGCACACCCCCAUGUACUUCUUUCUCUCCAGCCUAGCUAUUGUUGAUCUGCUCUAUGCCUCAAGCAUUGUCCCCAAGAUGCUAGCAAUUCUUAUAGCUCAAAAGAAAACCAUGUCAUUUGUUCCAUGCAUACUUCAGACUUUCCUGUAUUUGGCAUUUGCCAUCACUGAGUGUACAAGUUUGGUGGUUAUGUCCUAUGAUCGGUAUGUGGCAAUAUGUCACCCCCUACACUAUAGUGUAAUCAUGAGCUGGAAAGUGUGCAUUGUACUGGCUGCCACUUGCUGGGUCUUCAGCUUUCUUGUGGCUACGACUCAUGUGAGUCUUCUUCUGAGAUUGCCCUUUUGUGGGCCCCAGAAAAUAAACCACUUUUUCUGUCAAAUCUUGGCACUACUAAAAUUGACCUGUGCUGACACCAGGAUCAAUCAAGUUGUCCUCUUUAUAGGUUCUGUGUUGGUACUAGUGGGACCCCUCUGCUUGGUGCUGGUAUCUUACACACGCAUCCUGAUUGCUAUCCUCAAGAUCCAGUCUGGAGAUGGUCGCAAAAAAGCCUUCUCCACAUGCUCCUCUCACCUCUGUGUGGUUGGGCUUUUCUUUGGCAAUGCUAUUGUCUUAUACAUGACACCCAAAUCCAGCCAUUCUGAAAAUCAAAGAAAGAUUCUGUCUUUGUUUUACUGUCUUUUCAACCCUAUGCUGAACCCUCUCAUCUACAGCCUAAAAAAUUCAGAGGUCAAGGGUGCCCUGAGGAGAGUGCUCAAAAGGAAGAGAACAGUGUGGAAUUAG